AUGGCCGCUCCUUGUGCAAACGUUCGUGUCCUCAUCCUCCUCGCCAUCGCCUUUACCGUUGCCUCGGUGCCGGCGGCGAUGGCCCGACCGGUUCACAAGGGCAAAGAUCCGAUACACAACGAUGGCCCUCCUGCACCCGGACAUACGGCGAAGUCCUUGAAGUCCGAAGUUCCCAGCGGCGAGAACCCGGUGCACAACGGCUCUCCUUCUCCUCCUCAUGAGAUCAGCUACCCCGUUAAGUCCGAACUUCCCAGCGGCAAGAACCCGGUGCACAACGGCUCUCCCUCUCCUCCUCAUGAGAUCAGCUACCCCGUCAAGUCCGAUGUUCCCAGCGGCGAGAACCCGGUGCCUAACCUUUAUCCUCCUCCGUCGUACCUGUCCACUCCGAUUGGAAUUACCCUGAUAAGGGUCCGUGCUCCCCCUCCUCCGACCGGCAAUACCUUUGUACAUGAAGCCAUGCCCCCUUCUCAUCAUAGCUAA